UUACCAACCACACAGGUGCAGUUGAUGAGGCGGAAGACGCAGGUCUGCGCUGUUGGUUCCACAUCCAUGUUACUAAACCGUAAUAAGCUGUGAUGUAAAAGCAGUAAACAUCCCACUGUCGUGUUUUUGUCCACGCGAGGAAGAAAAAAAAGAGAAGGGAAAGACGAACUCCUGCGGGUCAUGGCUGUGACUUUAGCCGCAUUCAUGCUAAUGUUGUCGGUCUCAUCAUGGAGCCAGACCUCCCUCACUGUCGCUCAGACCUGUGUGGAUGAGAGCAAGUUGAAGGAGCAGGUGCUUAAUGAGGGGGAGCAGAAGCCCCCAUUUCACCUGAACUGCCCUCUAGAAACUAUUCAGCCCCAGCAAUCCAUACAACUGACCUGGCAGAAAGACUGUCAGCGGCUCCACAAUCAAGAUGGGAAAGUCUCUCUGGAGUUUACCAGCCUCAAACUUGAAGACCAAGGCAAUUACACAUGUAUGCAACAAGGCAACAGUUCCACCUCAUUCACUGUCCGUCUUAUAGUUAAAGAGUCCCAGUGCUCCAAACCCCCAGAAUUUCAACCUAACAGAGGCCCGGACACACUGUGGAGGAAUGUGGGAUCCUCUGUGAAACUGAACUGCACUGCUCUGCUUUUCACGGACCAAAAUGAGGAGCAAUGUGACACCAAGCUUCAGUGGAGUAAAGACGGUCAAUCCCUCACCAACCUCACACUUUACAUGCACAAUACCUCCUCAUGGUCUCCCAUUGCCGGCCAGCUGGUGGUUAAUAGUCUUUUGGUGGUUACACUCAAGGAGCAGGAAGAUUUUGGGCUCUACAGUUGCACAGUGAGGAAUGUGUCAUUGGAUUUCAGCCUACAAAAUUCAAACAGACCCAGCCACACAGCUGCUGUUAUUGCAGCCAUCAUCCUGCUGCUGUUUCUGUCUGUAGCUGCCGUUGUGUACUCCAGGUGUCACCUGAACAUCAAACUCUGGUACAAGAACUCUUUUGGAGACUAUGAGCUAAAUGAUGGAAAAUUGUAUGACGCCUAUAUCUCCUAUGUAAACAAUGAUCAUGACAGAAAGUUUGUCAACUUUAUUCUCAAACCUCACCUGGAAAGUAAAACUGGACACAAAGUGCAUCUCAACCAAAAUGACGUCCUCCCUGGUGGACAACCUUCUGCAGAGCUGCUAAUGAACAUUAGUCGCUCUCGGCGUCUCAUCGUGUUGCUCUCUCAUGCUUACCUCGAGCAGGACUGGUGCUGUACUAACUUCAGACAGGGUCUCCUGUACCUGCUGGAGUUAUGUCAUCAACCCAUCCUCAUCAUGUUGGAGGGUCAGUCCAAAUGUAUGAGGCCUGAGGUCAAGCAGCAGCUCAAAGAGCAUCAGCACUGCCUCACUAUACUAACCUGGAAACACAACUCUGUGACUCCGUCCUCAGUCUUCUGGAAGGAACUGGCCUUAGCGAUGCCUCGCCUGCUCAUCUUCCACUCUGAGUACGCCGGCGACCCACAGAUAGUGCUGCAGGACGACAAAGACCCCAUGCUGACCCUCGAACCCGACUACUUGAACUGCCACUCAGACACAGACCCUGCUGGAGAUCUGGGGAUUCGCCUCCCUGUGUACAGGACUCUGGCCCGUAAAGCUCCGAUCUUCCCCUCUGCUCCCGUCACAGCCACUGAGCCCAAACCCUUGGAUGUCGACGUAUCAGACUUGGGAUCCCGCAACUACGGAACACGUUCAGACUUCUACUGUUUAGUCACUGAGGACAUUUAAGCCACAUUCCCGUCAGCUUUGCCAAUCCCCUUUAAAAUGGCUUUUUUACUGUAUUCAUUCGUGUUUCUUGUCUUUCAUGGACACUCGUCUCCUGUGUUUAGUUGAAAUCGUAAAGUUGGGUUGUUGUGUAAAAUGUUUUAUAGAAAACUGAUCAAGUAAAAACCUCUAUUUUAUUAGGGAAAUAAUUUAUGGAUAUAAAAAAAUGUAAUAAAUACAGCCUCUUUCUGUCAUCCAGCAGAGGGCAGAGUAGAGUCUGAUAACCUGCAGGAA